GGUUCUGAUUUAUAAUAAUGCUCCAAUAGCCCCACCCCAAUAUUGUUAUUGUUGUUUUUGUUUGUUGGGGAAACAUGCUCUUGUUCGAUGGCAUUCUACGACAACUGGCCAGAGUGGGACCCAAAGGUGGUGCUCGCUUUGCUAAUGAUCAUUGUGGUGCUCGGACAUGUGUGGGAGCUGAUACUGACCAAGAGACAGCAAUUGGUGUGCCUGAAUUCGAUUAUCGUUCCCGAGGAGCUGCGCGGCAUCAUUCCACCGGAUAUCUUCCAUCGGGCCCGCAUCUACGAACUGCACAAAAUGGAGCUACAGAGCUGGAAGAUUGCUGUAGACAUGGUUUUGAGUCUGGCCGAGCUCUUCUUUGGCUUCUAUCCGUUCCUCUGGGGUCUGGCUGCCAAGACGCUGGCGAAAGCCACCCAUAAGGAGCUCUGGAUAAGUCCGAUAUUCGUCUUCUAUAUGACCAUCUACACCUGUGUGCGAUUCCUGCCCGUGCUCGCCUACGACAAGUGCAUCCUGGAGCUGCGCUAUGGUGUCCAGAGGCAGUUCUCCUGCUACCUAUACUGCUGCAUUGCCGGCCUGGCCAUCAUUCUGACGCAGGCUUUCCUGGCCCCCGUAACGCUGCUCAUUGUGUUCACCGUGACGAUGGCCGGCUACUGGUUCUUCCUGUACUACUGGGGCGCCUGGGCCAUAUUCACGCUGCUGCUGGUCUUCCUGUUCCCCUACUGCUGCAUUCCCUGCAUUGGCAGGCAGUCAAGGUUGUCCGAGGGCACGGCGCUGUAUACCGAUGUGAAGCGCGUCUGCGACGUGGCUGGCUUUCCCGUGAAGCGGGUGUUCAUCAUCCGCACCAAGACCAUGCAGUACAGCAAUGCCUACUUCUACGGCAGCUGCUGCAUGAAGCGGAUCGUCCUGUUCGACACUCUGCUGCUGAACAAAGGACUUGAUCCGAAGGAGUUGCGGCCCUACGAGGUGGGCAGGGGACUCACCAAUCAGCAGGUGACUGGCGUGGUGUGCCACGAGCUGGGCCACUGGAAAUACGGACACUUCUACAAGACGACGGUGCUCAUGAAGCUACACUUCCUCCUCACCAUGCUGCUCUUUGGCGUGUUCUUUCACUGUCCCCAGCUGUACUUGGGUGUGGGCUUCCAGCCGGGCAUUGCGCCCAUCAUUGUGGGCUUCAUCAUUGUCCUGCGCUUCGCCCUUACCCCAUAUCUGAUGCUUGCCAACUUCCUGAUACUGUGGAUUAUGCGGCACAAUGAGUUUGCCGCCGAUCGCUAUGCCCAUCGCCUGGGCUACUCCACGCAGCUCAGCUCGGCCCUUGUCAAAAUCUAUGCCGAUCACAUGAGCUUCCCGGUCUUUGAUGAUUGCUACUCCAGGUGGCAUCACACGCAUCCCACGAUCCUGCAGCGACUGGCCUAUCAGCGUCGCUUGGACUUCGAUGCCGCUAUCAAGACUAUGGACUCUGUCAAGGCAAAGCCCACUGGCAAAAAUCAGGCCUCGGAAUCGGGGUGAAGUAGUAGUCCCCGACACUUGUUUCCUAUUUUUCUGUUACCCUGUUUUGAGUAUUUACAUAAAAUUGCCCGUACGACACGA